CAGGAUGAAUGCCAGAUGUCAGCUUUGCAUCUCUGAAUCAGUGUGACAUAUUUAACCAUCAAAAUCUAUUUUCAUAUGCUAAUUUUGAGUACUAUAUCUGUAAGAUAUUUUAUUUGCCCAUUUUGCGCAAUAUCCCAGUGGGCCAUGUUUAAACUGAAUGAGUAGUUACAUUUUGGUACAUCAGUCUCCCAAACCAGUUACAAUUUAGUGUGUCGGGCAUACUUUGGUGAAGUGAAUGAUGUAGAAAGACCAGACUUUUAGGCACUGCCUUCUGAAAAAUAAGAUAUAAAAGAAACAUUGUCCUCUAUUUGGAGGAGGUAAAGAGAGAGAAUAGAUACUACAGGAGAACAGUGCUUCAUGAGCUAAGAAUCUAAGAACUGACAUGGCAAAGGCUCCACUUCCUCUCCCCAGGAAAUAUUUAAUGGGGAAGUCUUUGGAUAGUGCUAGAGCCUCUGGUCCACCGUCUCCUUCGGACACACCUGGCCCAGGGGUUGGUGAAGGAAAGAUGCAUGGUCCGGACCGGCCCGGCGUGGCCCACAAGAAGUGGCCCGUGAGACAUUAUUCUCAACCAGAAGUUGGUAAUGCAGCUGGAAAUGAGGGGGGUGUGGCUGACAGGAUCAAGCAGUUUGAAGCUGAAAAGUACCAGAACAAGCAAGUGAUGGGCAGUCCUCUUCCCAAGGCCACGUUCGUCUUUGACGGAGAUGACCCCAGUACCCCUCUCAGUCAGGAUGUUUUUUUUCAGCAGGAUAUUAAUUUGGAUGCAGACUGCCUGAUAGAAUGGUGGGAGAAGGUUCAAGAUGAAUCAUGGGAACAGCUUGUAAAUGACCCUGAACACACCAAGAAGGGAGAAGCAGAACAGUUCACUGUGAAGGCCCAGAGGGUCCUGAACGCAGUGCAGCUGUUCAACCUCCUUCUGAAUACACAUGGGGAGAACCUGAAGAGUCACAUAUAUGAACUCAAUGGCAUUGCAGACAACUUAGAUAAGUUCUCCAAGGGAACCAAGAUCGCUGGUAUCACGGGUGGAGCUACAGGGGCAGUUGGAGGGGCAGCGGCUGUGGCAGGGGUGCUGUUUGCCCCCGUCACCUUUGGAGCCUCACUGGCCUUGACAGUCCUCGGCGUCGGUGUAGCGGCAGCUGGAGGGGUGACAGGCGCCUCUGCUGCUAUAGCUAACAAAGUAAGCAGCACAAAUGACAGGAAGAAAAUUGAGCUGGUCCUCCAGGACUUCCAAGCCAAAAUGGAUGAUAUUGAGGCCUGUUUGACAUUUAUGAAUGUUGGCAUGGAGCAGCUGAGAAAGCAUGACCUCUCAACACUGAAGGUGGUGAACACAGCGACCUACAGAGUGGCCAAGGCGGCCGAGGUGACAGGAGUGGGAAGCACCAGUGCUAUUAAAGCCAGUAGUAAAGUGUCAGGGAAUCUCCAAGGCUUCGCUCUGGGCAUGGACAUGUAUUUCUCUAAGAGCAAGAAUGCCAAAGGAGAGCCAAAGCUGAAGAGUAAACUAGCGUCCGAAUUUGGAAGGAAAAUACGUGAAAUGGCUCAGCAGUUGGAUGAAGGGCUAAAUGAAUUGUUCAAGGUCAAAGAUGGCCUAGUGGAAAACAAUCUCAUCCUCUGAAUGGGGCAGAGCAGUGAAACCAAGUAAAAGAUAAUUUGUGAAAAGCACAGUUUGUCACAUUAACAAGGUUAAAUUGCAAUUCCUAAUUCUAAACUCUACCUAUUUACUUCUAAGGAACACAAACAAAUACAUAGCAACCAGGUAAUGAGAACUGGUAAAACAAAAAAUGGCGUCCAACAUUCAGUUAGGUUCUAUUAGGUUCUAAGUCGUCUGUGAAUGAGAAGUCUUGGCGAGGCUUUGAUGGAUGCAGUUUAUUUUCCUUUCCUUCUACACAUUCUUAGUUUGUGCAUUGUGUUCUAAGGGGUUCUUCAGUUGCUGUUCUCUAUUGGGACAGAACAAUUACCAUUUUUAUAUAUUUAAGUAAGAACACCCUUACUUUUGUACGUCACUUUUCUACCACCUGGGUGGAAGGA